GGGCGGGGUGGGCCUCCCGCGCUCCCGGGACGCUGGGAACCCCGCGCGCUUCGCCCCCAGGCCCGCGAGGCCCGGGCAGAGCUUCGCCGCCAGCGCCGCGGAAGGGCCCGAGGACCCCGGCGAGCUCCGGAUCCGCGGAGGGAGGAACCAAGAACCUCAGGCAGAGCAAAUACUUCAAGGAAAUGUGGACCCCAGGCUUCAGAAGCAGAGUGUGACUUCUGUGACCUGCUAAGGAUUGACAUGCCCUGCAUCACUCCUCAGGCAGUGAUAGCAUGAAAAACACCCACCCCCAAGGUUCUGCGCAGACUCUUGCAGGAAGAAUUACUGAAUGGCUGACAUUUGACAACAUGCACCACCAGUGGCUUCUGUUGGCCGCAUGCUUUUGGGUGAUUUUCAUGUUCAUGGUUGCUAGCAAAUUUAUCACGUUGACCUUUAAAGACCCCGAUGCAUACAGUGCGAAACAGGAAUUUCUGUUGCUGACAGCCGUGCCAGAUGUGGGGAAGUUACCUGGAGAGAAGCACUUUCCGGAGGAACUGAAGCCGACCGGGAAAGUGCUUUCAGAUAGCCGGCUUGUUCAACCCCUGGUCUAUAUGGAGCGCCUGGAACUCAUCAGAAAUGUCUGCAGGGAUGAAGCCCUGAAGAAUCUCUCACACACUGCAGUAUCCAAGUUUGUCCUGGACCGGAUAUUUGUCUGUGACAAGCACAAGAUUCUUUUCUGCCAGACUCCUAAAGUGGGCAACACCCAGUGGAAGAAGGUGCUGAUCGUGUUAAACGGGGCCUUUCCUUCCAUUGAGGAGAUCCCUGAAAAUGUGGUUCAUGACCACGAGAAGAAUGGCCUCCCUCGUCUCUCUUCCUUCAGUGAUGCAGAAAUUCAGAAGCGCUUGAAAACAUACUUCAAGUUUUUUAUCGUAAGAGAUCCCUUCGAAAGGCUGAUUUCUGCAUUUAAGGAUAAGUUUGUUCAUAAUCCCCGCUUUGAGCCUUGGUACAGGCAUGAGAUUGCCCCUGGCAUCAUUAGGAAAUAUAGGAGGAACCGGACAGAGACCAGGGGCAUCCAGUUUGAAGAUUUUGUACGUUACCUGGGUGAUCCAAACCACAGAUGGCUGGACCUUCAGUUUGGGGACCACAUCAUUCACUGGGUGACGUACGUUGAACUGUGUGCACCCUGUGAGAUAAAGUACAGUGUGAUCGGUCACCACGAGACCCUGGAGGAUGAUGCCCCAUACAUCUUAAAAGAAGCCGGCAUAGACCACCUGGUAUCUUACCCCACCAUCCCUCCGGGCAUUACCGUGUAUAACAGAACCAAGGUGGAGCGCUACUUUCUGGGCAUCAGCAAACGAGACAUCCGGCGCCUGUAUGCACGUUUUGAAGGGGACUUUAAGCUCUUUGGGUAUCAGAAACCAGACUUUUUGCUAAACUAAUGUGUAGAACUGUGAAUUCACAUCUUUGUUAGACCAGAGGCUAACCAGGUGGGAGAUGUGGGCACAGAAAUGACACGUCCUCCAUUCCAUUCCUACUGGAGACGCCGCAGUCCCCCAUGGACCUGUGCAUGCCUCGGCCAAUGAAGCUGGACCCUGACCAUUAUGACUUAGUUUGGACAUAAGGUGCACUGAGGGCCCUGGCAGCUUCCCCCUCGGUCCUCUCCCCUGUCAAUGCCAUAAGGCCUUCGCUCUCCCCAGAAGGGGAAAGCCAUUUGUAGUCUGACAGUCUGGGAAGAAAAAUUACAUGGUGUAGGAGUCAUUUCCAUUUCCUUCAGUUGUGGAAGAGGUAGAUACACAGCUCCCUGAAGGAUGGGGUCCCGCCUGUCACUGGAGGGUUGCAAGACUAGCACCCAGCACUUUUAGGAGAGAGGGAGAAGCUAAUGGUCCGCAAAAGUCACAUGGGGCUGAUACAGGAUCAAAUCUGAGUAAUAAAAUUACACCUCUGGCUUUCGUCCUAGUGCUGCUAUAAUCACAGGCAAACCAUUUUUCCAUGACUCUCUUGUUCCUGUGAAAUUCAGAGGUGACCCAAAGGUACUUUUCAGCAGUUCAUCUUUCCAAGAUCUGUGCCUAUGUACUUCUAGUCCAUAUUUCUGAACUGCCUGCCAAACACUUGUCUCAGCCCAAGAGAUACAACUUUGGAAAGUGAGGGGACUAUACAUUCUUUCCAUCUGAGAAAGGGAACAUCUCUGGGGGCCUUAUAGGGCACAUAGCAUGGGGGAAGGGAGAGCUGCUUAGGUUUUGGCACUCCAGCUGCUGUGGAUUUGAGCAUGUCCAUCCUCUUUGUCCCAUCCCGAUGGACAACACCCAUCUCUAGGGCCCCCCUCCGGGAUCAGAGGCAAGUGUGGGAAACUUGCCAGCACUGCAGAAUCAGUGCAGUUUACACAUUGCUGUUUCCUUCCAUCUCUGCAAAAUGCUCACCACUGGACCCAUUUCUGAUAAUGCCAUCAUCCUGAACUGUAAGUUGGAUACUCAAGUUCACCAGCAAUAAAAUCCUGGGCCAAGGCAGCCUCCAGUAACGCAUCUUCCAGGCACGGAGGAGCAAGCCACAGCUACUAUUUCAGAUGUCAACUGACAAUGAGGGCUCUUGAGAUUCAGGAUAGUUUCCCUGUGAAAAGUCCUAAGUGCCCGACUCUGCACAGUGCCCAUGAACCCUGCUUUUCUUCCAGGCAGCCUCAACCUUCCCUCUCUCAAAAUGGCUUCCUGAGUUUGUAAAUGUGAAAGUAAAAGAAAAUAAAAAAUAUGUGCCAAAUCUAACAUGUGCUGCAGUUCCAGGGGAGGUGCUCCAUGGCCACACAUGGUCCUUGAGACCUGGUGACAGUGAUAGGCAGCUCAGGCCUGCUUAGAUGGCUGCUAGGGACAGGACUGUGGAAGGGAAGCAUGGCUAAAGUGUGACCAUUGGCAACAUUGAUGACAGGCAGUGUGGUAGCCUUUCAUCCUCAACUGAAACACAAAGGGUGUAACAGGAGUUAUUUUUCUGUAAAGUUUUAGCAAAGUCUUGUUAAAGUCAUUUGAUACCUAA